CUCUCAAUGAAAUUUCUGUUCGACUGAAAUGUAAAAUUGUUGACAAGUUCGAACAUUUAGAAAGACUGGAGGAGGAGUUAAUUCUUAUUAAGCAAGAGAUGAGUAAUUAUUUGCGAUAUUACAAAGAUAUCGUUAUUCUAAAGUUGAAAGCGGAAGUAAAAGACAUGGAACAAAGUCUAAACUCAGAAAGAGUUUCAGUGAAAGACACUAGGGAAUGUUUGUCAAAUGAAAGAGUUGAAUCUGAGAAAUCCUUGUAUGCUUCUUCGUCUCAUAAAUCAAGACGUGUUAUUUUGGGUGAGAUAGCUUUGCGAUACAAGGGUAUAAACUUUGCAAAGCAACAGCUAGACCUUGGAUCCAAGCACUUCUCCUGUGUUAACAGUCGCGAUGUUUUGGAUACUUUAGUUAGCAAUGAGAGUGAUAUUGAAAGCUACAGCGACAAUGAAGACGAUGAUCUUUUUGAUGAUAAUGGUUCUGAUGAUAAGAUCAAUGAUUGCUAAUGUU